AAUGAAUGUCAGGGUAUUUUAUAGUGUCAGGCAGUCAUCCCCACAGCCUCCUCUCUCCUCCUUUCUACUGUGCUAUCCUAGAAUCAAGGACCCCGGCAAAAUGCCUCUGUUGAAACUUCCAGCUAAAGAAAAACAAAUUGAUGAUGAAAUACGUAGCUUGGCUGAAAAAGUAUUUGCCUCUGAAGUCAAAGAUGAGGGAGGCCGUCAGGAGAUUUCCCCCUUUGAUGUGGAUGAAAUCUGUCCAAUUUCUCAUCAUGAGAUGCGAGCACACAUAUUCCACCUGGAGGCCAUGUCCACCUCCACAGAAGGCAGGAGGUAAAAAAAAGCGUUUCCAUGGACGGAAGACUGUUAAUUUGUCCAUUCCACAAAGUGAAGCAUCUUCCACUAAACUGUCCCAUAUCGACGAAUACAUUUCUUCAUCUCCAACCUACCAGACCGUGCCUGAUUUUCAGAGAGUGCAGAUCACUGGCGAUUAUGCCUCAGGGGUGACAGUUGAAGACUUUGAAAUGGUUUGCAAAGGUCUGUACAGGGCACUGUGCAUACGGGAGAAGUACAUGCAGAAGUCAUUUCAGAGAUUCCCUAAAACCCCUUCCAAGUACUUGCGGAACAUCGAUGGUGAGGCUUGGGUAGCAAACGAGAGCUUCUACCCAGUCUUUACCCCUCCUGCGAAGAGCGGAGAAGAUCCCUUCCAAACAGAUAACCUCCCGGAAAACCUGGGUUAUCACCUCAAAAUGAAGGACGGUGUGGUUCAUGUCUAUCCUAAUGAAGCAGCAGCCAGCAAAGAUGAACCUAAGCCACUUCCUUAUCUCGAUAUGGACACCUUCUUAGAUGAUAUGAAUUUUUUGCUUGCUUUAAUUGCCCAAGGACCUGUUAAGACCUACACCCACCGGCGCCUGAAGUUCCUGUCUGCCAAGUUCCAGGUCCAUGAGAUGCUCAACGAGAUGGAUGAGUUAAAGGAGUUGAAGAACAACCCCCACCGAGAUUUUUAUAACUGCAGGAAGGUGGACACCCAUAUCCAUGCAGCCGCUUGCAUGAACCAAAAGCACCUGCUGCGCUUUAUUAAGAAAUCUUACCACAUCGAUGCUGACAGAGUGGUCUACAGCAGCAAGGAGAAAAAUCUGACCCUGAAGGAACUUUUUGCCAAAUUAAAGAUGCAUCCCUAUGACCUGACGGUUGAUUCUCUGGAUGUUCACGCUGGACGCCAGACCUUCCAGCGUUUUGAUAAGUUCAAUGACAAAUACAAUCCUGUAGGAGCAAGUGAGCUACGAGACCUCUACUUAAAGACAGACAAUUACAUUGAUGGGGAAUAUUUUGCCACUAUCAUCAAGGAGGUAGGUGCAGACCUGGUGGAGGCAAAGUACCAGCACGCCGAGCCCCGCCUGUCAAUCUAUGGCCGCAGUCCUGAUGAGUGGCACAAACUGUCCUCCUGGUUCGUCCGUAACCGCAUCUACUGCCGCAACAUGACCUGGCUGAUCCAGGUCCCCAGGAUCUACGAUGUGUUCCGAUCGAAGAACUUCCUCCCACACUUCGGAAAGAUGCUGGAGAAUGUUUUCAUGCCAGUGUUUGAGGCCACCAUUAAUCCCCAGGCUCACCCAGACCUCAGUGUCUUCCUUAAGCAUAUUACUGGCUUCGACAGUGUGGAUGAUGAGUCCAAACACAGUGGCCACAUGUUCUCCUCCAAGAGUCCCAAGCCCCAGGAGUGGACCAUGGAAAAGAAUCCAUCUUACACUUACUAUGCCUACUACAUGUAUGCAAACAUCACGGUUCUCAACAGCCUGAGAAAGGAACGAGGCAUGAAUACUUUCCUGUUCCGACCUCACUGCGGGGAAGCGGGCGCUCUCACCCAUCUCAUGACAGCAUUCAUGACAGCAGAUAAUAUUUCUCAUGGCCUGAAUCUAAAGAAGAGCCCUGUGUUACAGUAUUUGUUCUUCUUAGCCCAGAUUCCCAUCGCCAUGUCGCCAUUAAGUAACAACAGCUUAUUUCUAGAAUAUGCCAAAAAUCCUCUUUUAGAUUUCCUCCAGAAGGGACUAAUGAUCUCACUGUCGACAGAUGACCCGAUGCAAUUCCACUUUACCAAGGAGCCCCUAAUGGAAGAAUACGCCAUUGCUGCCCAAGUGUUCAAACUGAGUACCUGCGAUAUGUGUGAAGUGGCAAGAAACAGUGUUCUGCAAUGUGGAAUUUCUCAUGAGGAGAAAGCAAAGUUCCUGGGCGACAAUUAUCUUGAGGAAGGCCCUAUGGGAAACGAUAUCCGGAAGACAAAUGUAGCCCAAAUCCGCAUGGCCUAUCGCUAUGAAACCUGGUGUUAUGAACUUAAUUUAAUUGCUGAAGGCCUUAAAUCGGGAGAAUAAAGCAAAUAAACCAAAUAAUAAUGUG